AUCUUUAAAUAAUUAUAAUAAUAACAAUAAUAACAAAAACAUAAUAAUUAUUCUCCUUUAUUUCUAUCUAUUUUAGAUAUUUACAUAUAUCAUUAGUUAUGAAGAGUACUAUCUUAUCCAAAAUACGAAACGCGCCGGCGAAAACAAUUAAUUUUGCAUUUAUUUUGAACAAUUUUUCUUUUUUAUUCAACCACAAUAUAUAAAUACAUAUUUAAAUUCAGUUUCGACUUACUCGACUGUGGAAAAGCAAAAGCUUAGAGUAGUAUAUUGAUUUAUAUUAUUUAAAGAUAUAGAUUGAUCUGUUUCAAUUGAUCAAUUCUGUAUAGAUUAAUAAACUUUGUUUUUGAUUCAAUUUUAAUGAGAUUAAUCGAACAAGUAUAGCAGAGUCAUAGCCAUCUGAUGAGACCCUUUAGCAAGGUCGAAAUCCGGAUCAUGGCUAGCUUGACACACCCACCCACACCCACACCCACACCCACACCCUUUUAGUGGGCAAUGAAUCAUAUUAUCGAAAUAAUAAUGAAAUUAAUUAUGGUUCUAAUUAUAGAGGGAACCAGUAUACAAACAGAAGAAAUAAUUAUAAUGUAAAUUGGAAUUAUCGAAAUAAUAAUAAUUUAUCAAAUAGAUAUUAUCCAAAUAGGUAUUAUCCAAAUGGAUAUUAUCAAAAUCGUAAUUAUCAAAAUCGUAAUUUUCAAAAUCGAAAUUUUCAAUAUAUUUCAAAUUUUAAUCGUCCAAAUUUGAAUCGUCAAAAUCGAAAUAUUAUAUAUUAUAAUCGUAAUAGAUAUAAUAAUAAUAAUAAUAAUAAUAAUAAUAAUAGUGGUAGUCCAUUACAAGUUCAACAAAGAAGAAGGACAAGACAAUUUAAUCAAAAUCGACCAAGAAGUCUCUCAAAUCAACAACAACAACAACAACAAAGAAGACGUGGUCCACGACAAUUAAGAUUAAAUGAUUUUAUGCCACAAGAAUUACGUGAUUUAUCACAAGAUAGAAGAAAUCUUCCACAAGAUUUUAAUUUAAAUCAAGCAGCACCACCUGAUGCAUUACCACAGCGUGCAAUUUUUUCAAAUAAAAAUACAACACAACCAUUUAUAGUUAAUUCAAAUAGUGAUUUAAAUAAUGAUUUGAACAAUGACUUGAAUGAACAACAACUAAUUCAACAACAACGUACAACUACUUCUCCAUAUAGACGUCGCCAACGUCGAUAUCGUCAUCAAAAAGACAAAGAAGAAAAAAAAGAAAAAUAUCAUAAAAAUAAAAAUAGAUUUGAUAUUUUCACAGAUGAAAAUGAUACCGAUGGAAAUGACAGUGAUAUUGAUGAUUUAGUUGAAACUGAAAUAAAUAAUAAUAAUAAAAAUAAAAAUAAAAGAAAUACAGAUAAUAAUAAAAAGAAUAAGAAAAAGAAGAAAAAAACUAGAAUAUAUCUUGAACCAAAUCGUAUAUUUAAAUGGUUUGAAGAUAAUUCAAAACAAUCUAAAAAUGCUAUAAGUGGUCGAGGAAAUCAAGCAUAUGUAUUAGCAUCAGCUUCCAUUUAUGAUGAAUGGAUAAGAAAUAAUUACGAAUUACAAGUUUGGCAAGAAUAUUUAAAAUUAGGUAUAGAACAAAAAAAUUGGGCAAAAGAAGUUAUACAACGUACAAAAAAACGUGAUAAUAUAAUAAAUACUAGAUUUGUCAAAAAGAAAAUAAAAAAAUUAACCGAUGAAACAGCUACUUUAAGUGCUACUAUAUCUGAUUUACAAAUACAAUUAACAACAUAUUGGACACAUACAACAUCUGAAACAGUAACACAAAAGAUAGCUCAUACAACAGCAGAAUUAGCAGCUAAUCUAGUAACAGAUAGAAUACGUCAAACAACGACAACAAAUGCUAGUGUUCCAUCUACAGCUACAACAAUGUCUGCAAUUAAAAAUCAAACUCGUGAUCCAGUUGACCGUUUAGAAAAAUAUAUUUUAGAAUAUCUUCAUAAAUGUACUCAACAUGUGAAAAAAUUAGCUGAAAAUCGUAUACAAUUAGCUAAAGCACAAAUAGGAGAAUAUAAAGCAUUAGAAGAUUUUCAACAAGUAGCGACACCAAUACAUUGGAAUAUUCAUUUAAUAUUAAAACCAAAAAUUAAAACAUGGUCAACUAAAAACAAAAAUCAUCAUAUGAUAACAAAACGUAUUGAAUUAGAUUUACCACCAAAAUUUAUUUCAAAAAUUGAUUUUGAUUUUAAAAUAGAUGAAUCUAUUAUAAGUCAAGAAGAAUCACAAGUUUUGUAUAAUCAAAUGAGACAAAUUACAAAAAAUUACCGAGUAGAAACUAUGACUUUAUAUGAACAAGCAGCUAGUCGUGAACAUGAAUUAUUAACAAAUGAAAUAAAACAAAUUGUUGAUAGUUUUUCACAAACAAAUAGUGACGAUGAAAUCAGUUUUGCUGCUUUUAAACAAUAUCAUGAUUUACGUGAAAAAAGAUUAAAUUUAGAAGCUCAAAAAUCUAUUUAUUUUUUAUCCGAACAGCGAGUCGAGGGCGAAAUCGACAAUCUACAACAACAACAAGAAGAAGUAGAAAUAACAAUUGCCCCGACUCCAGUUCGAUCACUGGGCGAGGAUUUCUUGCUCCAGCCAUUAUAA